AUGGAGGAAGAAGUGCAAUACUUGAUGUGGGCAAAGCGUAAACAUGGGUUGACUAAAUCAUCCCAUGUUGAUGCUUUGCUUGGAGUUUCAUGGGAAGAACAAGCCUUUGCGGAAGAUGCAGCUGGCCCUUUUGGAGGGUUCAUAUGGCCUCCAAGAUCCUAUUCUUGUACCUUUUGUAGAAGAGAGUUUAGGUCUGCUCAAGCCCUUGGAGGUCAUAUGAAUAUUCAUAGGAGAGAAAGGGCAAGGUUAAAGCAAUCUCCAUCUCAUCCACACCAUGAAACUCUCUCCGAUCAACUUACUCCUAUUCAUCAUCAAAACUCAAAUCUAGUUCAUGAUCAAUACCCAUAUCAAACUUGCACUAAGGAUUAUAUCCCGAGCUCCAACUAUGAGGUUUUGACACUUUCCCAACAUGAAAUUAACAAUAGAAUCCUUCCGUUUUCUUCUCAUAUUCUUGAAGAAAAUCAAAAGGAUGCUUCUUUAUUUCCUUUAUCAUGGUCGUCUAACCCGGAAGUUAAGAACUAUACCCAAAAUUCAUCAAGUUUGAAGGAUGACGCGAGAAAGAAUUCUAAGAUCCUGAAGAAAGAUGAUUGUGUUGAAAAGAAUGUGUUUGUUGGGAAGGAUCUUUACACAAGCUUGAGUUUGGUUUACCGAGGAACCUAUCCAUCAUUUGUAGAAGAGGGUGAUAUGGCUAAUGAUACUUCUAAUAAUAAACGAAGAAGAAAAGAUGUGACGCCCAUAUCUCUGUUUCCAAAUCAAAGUUCGUUUGAAGAUUGUCAUGCGUAUAAAGGAUUGGAGAUUAGCUUAAUCUCAAAGGAAGGAUUGGAUCUUGAGUUGAGACUUGGAGAUUCACCAAAGUUGAAGUGA